UUUUUUUUCAGCAGGAUGAGUGAAGUUGUUGAUACUGUUCCUGCUGAGAAAGCGGAGCUGUCGAAAGCAGAAGAAAUCGAUUACGACACUGAAACCAAAGAUGGGGAAAUCGCGGUGAAGAUCAUCUGCUUGGGCGACAGUGCUGUGGGAAAAUCCAAGCUGGUUGAGCGAUACUUGAUGGAUGGCUUCCAGCCGCAACAACUUUCAACUUACGCCUUGACGUUAUAUCGCCACAGAACCGUUGUGGAUGGAGAAAAAGUUCUGAUUGAUUUUUGGGAUACGGCUGGACAGGAAAUAUUCCAGUCGAUGCACGCGUCGUACUAUUAUCAGGCGCAUGCGUGUAUCCUUGUGUUUGAUGCGACGCGGAAAGUGACUUAUAAAAAUUUGACCAACUGGUACCAGGAAAUGCGACAAUACCGUCCUGAAAUACCGUGCGUUUGUGCCGUGAACAAAAUCGACACGAACAUGGAAGUAACGGAAAAAACGUUCAACUUCACCGAAAAGCACAAGGUUCCCAUGUACUACGUUUCUGCGUCGAAUGGAACAAAUGUUGUGAAGUUGUUUACAGACGCGAUCUCGAUGGCAAUGAAGUACAAGAAGAAUCCGACGGACUUCACUGAUCUUGUUCUGGACGAAUUGGAACGUGACGAGAAUUAGGCCGUCUAGAAAUUUAUCUGAUGAAAUUAUCCGUCCAUGUAUCUCGUGUGUGUUCCAAAGUGCACUGAUACUUAGCCAAAAUAAAAUCACUUUUUGACAAUUA